AUGCCUGAUGCCAAAAUCGCUGGAAUAAAACUGCUGUGUGGACCAACCCGUCUGAAGAGCAGGAUCUUCGUGCGCAACCUGCCAAAUUGCACUCGCGAGGAACUGGCUGCCCAUUGUAUGCCCUUCGGGGUGAUCCUUGGAUCCCUGGUGGAGGGGAAGUACGGCUAUAUCCAGUUCACCAAGGAGAGCAUUGCGCAGGCAGCGAUCGAUGGACUCGACAACAGCGUCUUCAAGUCGCGUUUCAUAAAGGUCCAGAACGCAAGUUAUCGCUCGUUGGAAGAAAACGGCUUUGUAUACUAGGUCGAAAAGGAUUUAUUUAAUAGAGAGUCGAAAAGAAUGAGAAGGUUUGUUAUAUCAAUUAACUAGGAAAGAACCG